AUGGAGGGGAGAGCAAGAUUCUACGCCUGGUCGGCAAGUUGUAGCUCUGCGCGUCUCUGGGGGAAUUCAUUUCCUCCCGCGUUGCUUUUCACGUCACUGACAGCUGAAAUCCUCCACUGCCGAGCCAUCACUGCGCUCUUUAGACGCCGUCCUGGUUCUCCUAUCCUGCGUGCGACGCUUGACACUCACUUCUUAGUCAGGCAGCUGGGGUGGUGCAACGCGGCCACUGUGGCGUUCUGUGAGUGGCCAGAGGACGCUGGUCCCCGCCCUUUGGAGCUGUUGCUGAGCGAGCGCGUCUGCACAGCCCGCGGCUGGCCUGGCACUCUUCGGCAGGCUGUUGCGCAUUGCGUCGCUCAGCCCAUGGUUAUUCGCCCGAGACGAACCAUCCUUGCCAUCCACCCUCGCAGCGGCGUGAGGCUGCCCACUGUCUGUUCUGUCGUCCUGUCCUGUCUGCCCGCUCUCACAGUGCUCGUCGGCGGUUUUGCGGUUUCAGGAGUUCCCAACGCGUCCAUCAGUGCCCCUUUGAGUCGGCCAUUGCGGCAGCAAGGAAGACAACCUGUGCUUCUGGUUGCUUCUGGUUCGGAGCCCUGGUGCGCCCCAGCAAUCGUCGCUAGCCCGCGGCAUCCAGCCACAGCGUCCCAGCCGACCUCGUCAUCGGCACCACCAGCCUUUCGAGCCCAGCGACCACUGCGCAGCCCAGCACCACCACACUUCUCUCCACACACACAUCCUCACGCACGCACUCACCCGCUGCCCGUCCCAACGCCCAUCGCAGCAGAGAUAGCACGUACCACGUUCAUCGCUGUUCAACCCUCUUCCACGGUAGCAUUUCUAGAUCCGCCACCGCCUACUGCUUCCGCCACGCCGCACCGCCGUCAAUUUGCCCACCUCAGCUCACAGCCUCACUUGUCCUCGAGCGCAGAGGAAGCGCAUCAAGAAGCGCGAGCCCAUUGCACUCUUCAAGCAACCAUCGAGACUAUCAGGAGAAGCACUGGCGGCGACGGCUGCCAUGAGCUCGAAUUGAUAGCUGUUCUGAGGGCGGCUUUUGCACAACACAUAACAAAGGUGCGUGAGAGCAAUGCGCGCCGCACUCCAUCGCCAAUCACUUUGGUUCUAACAUUGGCGUUGAAAUGCACGUCGUCGCGAACAUUGCGAUGGCGUCAAGCAAGCCAUUUGAGUGAAUGUACAGAACACUGA